AUGGUUGUAGCAGUAGCUUCGUCCCAAUCUUCCUCCACGCCCCUGUCACCUUACCCGUCUUCGCCCAGCCUCCGUGGCUUCAUCAGGGACGCCCCGCCUUACAGCACCCAGACCCCGCCGCAGGUGCAGAGGGCUGGUGUCGGUGGUGGUGGUGGUGGCGGCGGCAAUGGGAAGAUCAGCCCUGCGGUGCUGUUCAUCAUAGUGAUCCUUGCGGUUAUCUUCUUCAUUUCCGGGCUGCUCCACCUCCUUGUGAGGAUACUGAUGAAGAAGCAGCACGGCCGUGGUGCCGCCAUGGGGGAGUCUGCACCAUCGCCGCACCGGACAGGCGCGCGGGACGCGGCAAUGGACCGGCAGCUGCAGCAGCUGUUCCAUCUGCACGACUCUGGGCUCGACCAGGCGUUCAUCGAUGCGCUGCCCGUGUUCGCGUACCGUGAAAUUAUCGGUGGCAACAAAGAGCCGUUCGACUGUGCGGUGUGCUUGUGUGAAUUUGAUGGGGAGGACAGGCUCAGGCUGUUGCCGGUGUGUGGGCAUGCCUUCCAUCUGCAGUGUAUAGAUACAUGGCUGCUGUCCAACUCGACAUGCCCGCUUUGCCGUGGCACACUCUUUGUCCCCGGGAUGACUAUAGAUAACAUGAUGUUUGAUGAUUUUGAUGAGAGGUUGGAAGAGGAGCCUCUACCAGAGGAGUGUGAGGAUGGACACCAAGUUUCCAGGCACAAACCCAUGGAUGAGGAGCAGCCAGUGGCCGAGAAGAGGGUGUUUCCAGUAAGGCUUGGGAAGUUCAAGAAUGUUGGAAAUCAGGGUGCCAUCGGUGGUGUGGUUGGCAAUGGCAAUGAAGCUGGUAUAGUGAGUAGGGAGGCAGGGGAGAGUAGCAGUAGCAGCUUGGAUGCAAGGAGAUGCUUCUCCAUGGGCACUUACCAGUAUGUUCUUGGGGCUUCUGAACUUCGAGUGGCUCUCCAGACAGAUCACGGCAGAAACGGUGCAAGCAGCAGGUUUAAAGGAAGAGUUGCAGGCUUAAGUUCUGUCAAUGCUGACAUUAUGGACGGCAAGAGGAUUUGUGCUAGGAGCAAAGGCGAGAGCUUCUCUGUGUCGAAGAUUUGGCAGUGGUCUAGUGUGAAGGGCAAGCUGCCAGCUCCUCCAGACACUUGUUCAGAUACUGGGAGCCUACCAUGGAUGAAAAGAAACGCUGCUGGAGAUAAGUCUAAUAUGUGA